CCUCAGCUUUUUGGCUCGUGGAAGCACUUGCACAGGCGCCGCGGAAGACGAUUCAUCGACAUGGCCCGUCGUAGCAGCUCCAUCCUUCUGGCCGCGCUGUUGGUGGCCUGCCUGGGCUGCUACUGCUUCGUGGCGCCCGCCACGCAACCGGAGCCUCCACAGGCCAAGCUGAGGGGCGGCGAGGCGGCUCUGCUGGGUGCGGCCGUGGCGGCGGUGCCCCAGGUGGCCAUGGCGGGGAACUCGGGCUACGCGCUGCUGCAGCUGGGCUGGGCGAUUUUUAUCAUUAGCCUGGGGCCCGCGGUGCUCUUCUGGGUCUACUUCAACAAGCCCGAGCUUCUGUGAGCGAGCCCGAGGAGAGAUCCCCGGGGAUUUUUACAGUUUGGCUGAGCCAGCAAAACGUGCUGGCCGUCAUGCAGUACUUCGGCCCUUGGCCGCCG